AUGAAUCAUUGGCGGCAUGGAUUUCUUUCUCGCCUACGUGAUGACGUCAACUUGUCUUGGGCAGACAUUCCCAUGUUGGCUUGCAGUUACAUGUCCGGCCUCAUCGACAGCGUAGCUUUCAAUGCUACAUCAGUCUUCGUAUCCAUGCAAACAGGAAACACCAUCUUCCUUGCCCUCGGUGCCGCCCACCUUCCAUCAGGAGAGUCGCUUAUGUGGGUGGGCGCUCUCGUCUCUCUCUGCGCCUUUUGGCUAGGUUGUUGCUUCUUUUCUAGUAGCCGAUACUUCUAUCCUCGACGGAAAAUAACCCUCUCAAUCUGCUUCUUAUUGCAGGCAAUCCUCAUAUUCAUUGCGGCACUGUUGGGGCAAAUGGGCAUGGCCCCAGCCUUCAGCUACUCACUUCUUGAGUCGAACUCUCAUCAACUGGCCACGGAAGAGCAGGCCGGUGAGAGAAAGGGGGUUGGGCUCGGGAUUGACCUCAUCGUUGUGGCUCUCCUGGCAUUCCAGUCCAGCGGUCAAAUUGUGCUCAGUCGCGUACUGGGCUUCAACGAAAUCCCCACCAAUGUGGUCACUUCAUUGUACUGUGAUUUGCUGUCAGAUCAUAAUCUCUUUGCACCCCUAACAGCUAAUGUCAAGCGCAACCGGCGUGUGGUGGCUGUGGUUUCGCUACUGGUCGGCGGUAUCUCCGGAGGCUGGCUCCAACGAAGUCGAGCUGGCAUGGCUGGGUGUCUAUGGAUAGCUGGGUUUAUCAAACUAGGGAUUGCAUUCGCUUGGCUUGGGUGGAGAGGUCAAAAAUCAGAACCAAGUAUAUGA